AUGAGGGUGCUACAACUCGCGGCAGCGGUAUUACUGCCAUUGACUGCCCUUGCAGCCAAGAAGUCGCCUGAGGAACGAUUCAGCGAAGCCCACGCAAAGCCGCAGCCUGUCAAGCUGGACGACCGAUCCUACGAUGCUCUUACCAAGGCUCCUCGAGACUACUCGGUCGCUGUGCUUCUGACAGCAAUGGACGCAAGAUUCGGAUGUCAGCUGUGUCACGAGUUUCAGCCAGAAUGGGAGCUGUUGGCAAGAUCGUGGACCAAGGGCGAUAAGGGGGCAGAGUCAAGGUUGGCAUUUGGAACACUGGACUUCUUGGAUGGCAAGGCGACCUUCCAAUCGAUGCAACUCCAAACGGCGCCAGUAAUGCUCCUGUUCCAUCCAACCCAAGGUCCGCACGCGAGGCCAGACAAGCCAAUGGAGAGGCUCGACUUCAACACUGGCAUCAACAAGGCUGACACCGUCCACCAAUGGCUCUCUCGCCAACUGCCAGAUCGACCACAUCCCCCAAUCGUUCGACCUAUUCAAUACGUCAAAAUUGCAGUGACGACCACCGCCGUGCUUGGCGUAAUCACUUUCCUUACUGUUGCUGCACCAUACAUCCUUCCAAUCAUCCAGAACCGCAACCUCUGGGCAGCCAUCAGUUUGAUCGCUGUACUCCUCUUCACAAGCGGACACAUGUUCAACCACAUUAGGAAGGUUCCAUAUGUUGCUGGGGAUGGAAAGGGAGGCGUGAGCUACUUUGCAGGUGGUUUCCAGAACCAAUUUGGCCUGGAGACGCAGAUUGUGGCUGCUCUGUACGGCGUGCUCGCAUUUGCGACCAUAAGCCUCGCCCUCAAGGUCCCACGAAUGGCAGAUCCGAAAUCCCAGUCCGUUGCUGUUCUGGUCUGGGGUGGUGUGCUCCUUGUCACCUACUCCUUCCUUCUCAGUGUCUUCCGGGUGAAGAAUGGCGGCUAUCCCUUCUGGCUUCCACCGUUCUAA